AUGGCCGAUAGGAUACUCAUUCUAAGUGCUGCUGUUAGCGAUAUUGAACAACAGUAUCGUGCUCCUGAAGAGGACGUUCUUAGCGCAACAACCGACGAAUAUACCGAAACGCAUCGCAAUUUUAACUACGGAUAUCGCUCCUCCAGCAACUCGGAUGACUAUGCCGACGAUGACGAGGAGGACGAGGAAGACCCGUAUCAGGAAUUGUUUAUGAACGCAUACCGUUCUGCGCCACAAUCAUCGGACGAUGAAGAGACCGAAAUCGACGUUAAAGGAUGCACGAAUCCCGCUGCAAAACCGCUUUGCCUGAUGGAGGAUUGGGACCUGUGGGAUUACAUGGACGAGAGUGAGCUGAAGGAACGGUUGAAAGACCAUCCUAAGCUGUUGGAAGAAAUUACACGCAAACGCAAACGCCGCAUGCAGGAGGAAGAGGACGCAGCAACAGCGCUCGAAGACGACGAACUUUGCAAUGUGAUGAAUAGAGCCGUGAAAUGUAUCCGUAGUGAACCGUCCCAAUUGACCAGUUAG